AUGCUACAACUUGAACUACCUGACCUGCGCAUCUCUGACAACGUGCAGCUCGUCCUCAGUGCUGCGGCUUGUCUUGGUGUCGUAGGAGUAAUUUCUCGAGCUUACCUUCUCAAAUCAGAGAGAGAUCUUCCUCUCCCCCCUUCCCCUCCCACUUGGAGACUUGGGGGGCACUUACUACCGCAUCACCACCCAUCCCUCACUUUAGCGAGAUGGAUUGACGAGUACGGUCCUCUGAUCACCAUUCGGUCAAGAUUUGAGAAGAUCGUCAUUAUCGGCCGUUACAAAGCUGCCGUAGAUAUUAUGGAGAAUCAGGGGAAAUUCUUAGCCGACCGUCCUCGCCGGAUUGCUGCUGGAGAAAUAUUUAACGGCGGAGUGAAUAUAGCCUUUUCACCUGUUGGCGACAGGUUCCGUCGGAUGCGUAGAGCACUUCAUUCGCACCUCCAGCCCAAAGCAGCUGAGGCCUAUCAGCCCCUACAGAUGUCGCACGUGAAGAACACAGUUCUCGGCAUUCUCGAUGAUCCACGCAACUUCCAAAACCAUGUGACGACUUAUGCUGCGACAACAAUUAUGAAAGUUGCAUAUGGGAAGACUACGCCCACAUCUGCAAUUGAUCCCGAAGUCGUUGAAGUUCAUCGUCGCAUGCGGACAGCCACUGCAGUCAUGAAUCCCGAUGCUUACCUUGUGGACUCGAUUCCAUGGCUCAAAUAUCUUCCUUGGUAUGGGCGAGAGUUAAAAAAGGAAUUUGAGAGGUUCAAGAAACUCAAUAUUUCUCAACUGAACCUUGUGAAAGAGAAAAUGAGGGACGCGGAUGCUGGCCCUUCGUUCACGAAGCAUCUGUUGGAGAAUAGCCAUUUUUAUGGUUUGACAGAGACUGAGAUGGCCUUUCUUGGUGGUACCUUCUUUGUAGCUGGUACCAGCACGACUUCUGCGGCAGUAUGCACAAUACUCAUGGCAGCUGCAUGUUUCCCCGAGGAGCAAGCUAAAGUUCAGGCCGAGCUCGAUGCGGUCAUUGGGAGGCACCGAGCGCCGACCUUCGCCGACCAAAAAUCCCUUCCUCGCCUGCAAGCAUUCAUCUCUGAGGCUUUGAGAUGGAGACCAACCUUGCCUACCGGUGCAUUGGCUCACCGAACAACUCAUGACGAAAACUAUUGUAUUCCGGCUGGGACUACAGUAUACGGCAAUCAUUGGGCGAUCUCUCGAGAUCCAGACGUCUACCCGGAGCCUGACGCAUUCAAGCCUCAGCGCUGGAUUGACGACCAAGGUUGCCUGAGAGACGAUUUAAAAUUCUUCAUCUUUGGCUUUGGUCGGCGUGUUUGCCCCGGUCAACAUGUCGCGAACAGAUCAGUAUUCAUAAACUCGCUCCUUAUUUUAUGGGCCUUCCGACUCACUUUGGAUCCUACGAAACCGUUGAAUGACAUGGGAUUCAUGUUGGGGUCGCCGGUGUCAAAUGUCCCGCCGUGCGCAAUUGAGUUUGAGGCGAGGAUUCCGGAAUCAGAGCUCAGGCACAUGAUGGAGCAUUAUCCUGAAGCUGCAUGA